AGAGCGGGCUGCCAUGGAGACGGGCCUAAGAGGGCCUGCAGGGGACACGCUGUUUUGCCACCCUCGCAGCCCCACAGGCCCCGGCGCCCCGCGACCCCACUGCAGGGGCGGGCGACGCGAGGGGCGGCCCGGGAUACCCUCCUCAGGACCCUUGGGAGGGCUGGGCGCUGGGGUCGCCACGUCCGUUUUGCAGAUGAGAAAACCGAGACUGGGAGGAAGGAGGCUGGCCCAAGGUCACGGGAAGGAUCGAAUCAUAUUUGUGACCAAAGAAGACCAUGAAACCCCAAGCAAUGCAGAGCUGGUGGCUGAUGACCCCAACGACCCAUAUGAGGAGCACGGAUUGAUCCUGCCAAAUGGAGACAUUAACUGGAACUGCCCGUGCCUUGGGGGAAUGGCCAGUGGCCCCUGUGGGGAACAGUUCAAGUCGGCCUUUUCCUGCUUCCACUAUAGCACAGAGGAUGUCAAGGGGUCAGACUGUGUAGACCAGUUCCGGGCCAUGCAGGAAUGCAUGCAGAAAUACCCCGACCUCUAUCCUCAGGAGGACGAGGAGGAGGAGGAGGAGGAGGAGGAGAAGAAGCCAGCAGAACGUUUAGAAGAGACAGCUCCCACUGAGGCCACUGCAACCAAAGAAGAGGAGGGGUCAAGCUAAUGAAGGCCAUAAGGCACUGGGCUCCAGUCCUUCUCCUUCAGAGUGAUAUGAACCUUUUGUAAGAUGCCUUUUGGUCAUUCUCCGAGAACGUGUCUUUCCCUCUGUUGUUCUGUGCACUAUAAUGUACAAAAUAACUUAUUUUGAUGAUCGGGGGUCUUGGUCCUUUGACAUAUACACUGGAAAAAAUGUAUGUGUGUCUCCCAUAAACCUAUUGGCAAAUGUAGCUGUCACUUUCGAAUUCUCAGAUUAUCCUGAAUUUUGCCUCUUUGAAAUAAUGUGCUGACUAUGCUCAGCAACUAGAAAUCAUUAUCUGGGAGUAUCUUGUGAGUGAGCUGAUUUAUUCUGAUUGAUUAUAUGCUC